AUGGUGUUCGCAGGUGCUCGUUGGUGGUCAAUGGUGGUUGCUCGUGGUCGUUGGUGGUCGCUCGUGCUCAACGGUGGUCGCAGCUGGUGGCUCGUGGUCAAGGGUGGUCGCAGUUGGUCGGUCCUGCUCCCUUGUUGUUCGCAUGAUAAUGGGUCAGCUGUUGGAGGGUUUUCGUGGCGUGGGCGGUCGCUGUUGGUUGCUGCGAGUGGUGGGUUGCAGAGGGGAGGGGAGUUUGGUUCCAAUUUUAGGCAGGAUUAUGAGUAUGCUAGUUACAAUCCUAUUGCCUAUGACCUUGCAAACCAUUUCUGUCAGAUGGUAGCCAACUAUCACACUGACACACCUCAUGUUUUAGACUAUGGCAUAUAUUCAGGUCCCGAAGAGGGCCACAAAUUUGUGCGCACAUAUCUCAGUUCUUCAGGCAAUGAACCAAGUGAAACUGAAGUAGAGCAGCUGGCCAAUGAUGCAGAGAAGUACACUCUUGCCAACCAUUUGUUUUGGGGCUUAUGGGGUAAUAUCUCGGUGUAUGUGAACCAUAUUGACUUUGAUUAUUUGGAGUAUACUAAACAGAAGUUUCAUAAGUACUGGUUGAAAAAGCCCAUUUUAUUGAGUACUAUCAGAAGUCUCCCUUUUUUUGGGGAUUAA